UUUUUUUAUUUCAGGGCAUUAUUGAUCAGGUACAAAAACAUAAGCUACUGUUUAUAGAAACACAAGAUGCUGCAGAAACUUCUCUUGCUCUGCUCAAUUAUCAAAAGGCAUGUGAAAAUGGAAGAGGUGCGGUACUGUUAUCUGUGGCCAGAGGAAAAGUGUCGGAGGGGAUAGAUUUUGACCAUCAUUUUGGGAGAGCAGUCAUUAUGUUUGGAGUUCCAUAUGUUUAUACACAGAGUAAAAUUUUAAAGGCCCGGUUAGAGUACCUACGUGACCAGUAUCAGAUCCGAGAGAACGACUUCCUGACUUUUGAUGCCAUGCGACACGCAGCUCAGUGUGUAGGCAGGGCCCUGAGAGGAAAGACAGACUAUGGCAUCAUGGUGUUUGCAGAUAAAAGAUUUGCCCGAGCUGACAAGAGGAGUAAGAUUCCUCGCUGGAUCCAGGAGCACCUUAAGGACGGAUUGUGUAAUCUGUCUACAGACGAGGCCGUGCAGGUCGCCAAACGAUUCCUCAGACAGAUGGCCCAGCCUUUCUCCAGGGAGGACCAGUUAGGCCUGUCUUUAUUGACUGUGGAACAAAUUGAUCAAGAGGACACAAAGAAAAAACUCCAGUCCAGGAUGCAGUAUGUGUGAAGGAAAGAGAAAAUCAACAAUUAAAUUUAUAUAUCACUUAAGCUCUAAUUAGAACUGUGAUACAAGUUAAAUUAAAAGUUUUCCAUUAUGUACAAAAUACUUGUAAUUUUGAAUUACAGUGCAUGUUUACAGGAUCAUGAAUACUGUGAAAUCACCAUU